ACGUGGUUUUAGAAUUAGUCCGACGAUAUGUAAUUAAAUAUAGUAAAUUCAAGAUGCGCAUUUCUUAUUAAUACAUCUAUUUAUUAAGCUCUUGCUACUAAAAAAACUUGAGCGAAAUAAAAUUUAUAUAUGUCACAUCGCACCUCAUGCACAUCACGUCACUUUCAUAACGUCACACUAAAGUAUGCCAAAAUCCAAACAUGUUUUUAAAUUUGCAUGCUCAACUUCGUAGUUGCAUGACAAGAAAAAACAACCCACAAUAAAAAUUCAACACAACCUAAAUCGGAACAAUGAUUCAAUCUGAUUCAUUUCCUGAACACAAUUGAAUUAAUUUCACAAAUUAAUAUGAAUGAGUUUUGCAGAGUUGGCUGGCAUGAACCCACAAUACUCUUUAACCCUAAAAGUUUAACAGUCAUGCAUCAUCACCAUAUUUCUGGAAAUUAAGAAUUAUUCAUUGUACGCACUCGUCUCAUCUCAUCUCAUGCAGGAUGUAGCAAAGCAUUUCCAUACAUCAAAAAUAUUCACAAUUAAUUAAUUAGGCGAUUAUAAAAUUAUCUAACAUUAUUACGACCAAUGUCGACAGGUGGGUUCAUUCAGGAGGUCACAAUACCUGAAAGGAAAGGUGGUGGGUCAAAUGGAAUGACAAUGAGCGAGUGUCACAUGCACAAUGCCCUCACCUAACAAGUUGGCCUUGCUGUCAGUUAAGUAAAAAUUAAGUUUUUCUGCUGGUGGAAAAGUUUUGGAGAAGCAAAGUCGUCACUUUGACUUAAGCAGUUGAGGAAAGCUGUGGAAUUGAUGGAACUCGUGACUCUAAUUUUAUUGAGGAAGACGUUUUUUUGAUAAGAUUAAGGAGUUAUAGUUCAGAGACGAUUCAUGAGCUAAGAACCCAGCAUACAAAUUGAGAUUUGAAAAUUCUUGUGAUACAAUUUUAAGCAUUUUUUCAUUUAGUAAUUUUUCAAAAGCUUUGAAAUAAUAUUUGAUUGCAUCAUAAAAUACCGCAAGACCACGCCAUGUCGUUACCACAAGUGGCAUCAACGAUCAACCUGGUGUUAGAUGAGGGCGAAAAGAAUGCUUCAAUUGUUCACAUAAAAUCCUCUGAAAGUUCAGAUUCGUCGUCCGACUUGGACUUAUCCCAGAGUAAAAACCGUGUCAAGAAGCAUUCGAAAUGGCUCGGACUAUUUUUUACCGUCCUGUCCGGCUUCCUAUUUGCGAGUGUGGGGAUCUUGGUAAAGCACAUGAAAGGAUAUCACGUCCUGAAUCUCGGUCUGUUUCGAUUCCUCGGAAUUUUCCUCCCUGCCCUACCGUGCACAUUGAUGGAAAUUUGGAAACAUAAGGCGAAAGGGAACACAAUUUUUGAACCGCUGUGGCCACUGAGUGAACCAGCAAAGCUGAGGACGAUGAUUGUUCUAUUUGGACGCGCAUUGUUCGGAUUCGGUGCGAUUAUCUCUCAAUUUAUCGCGAUCCAGUACAUCCCGGUGGCAGACGCGGUCGUAAUAAGUUCCUGUUCUUCAGUCUUUGUUGGAUUUGCGGCACAUCUCUUCCUUAGAGAAAAGUGUGGCGUUUUCCCAUUUCUCACAGCAAUCAUGACCGUUACGGGGGUGGCGAUUAUGUCGAGACCACCCAUGCUGACGGGGUCCAAAGAGUAUGACUGGGACACUAUGAUUGGGACUGGAUUUGCCCUAUCUCGAAUGGUCUUGACCAGCUUCAAAAUCGUGUUCGUCCGAUACCUUCGCGACAUGAAUGCAUCUCUGGUUGUCAUGACGACCGGAUUUCUUCAACUUAUGCAGUGCUUUGUUAUAUCCCUGGCUCUCGGGGUGUUUGAAAUUCCAACUAAACUUAGCGAUCUCGGCCUCCUAGUUCUCCUCGGUUUAAUAGGAUUCUCCUCACAGAUGAGUUUGACCUGGGCUUUGAAGUGCGAAAAGGCAGGACCCUUCGCAGUCGUGAGGACCAGUUCGGAUACAUUGUUCGCAUUUUUAUUACAGUUUCUCAUUUUCAGCGUUAUUCCGGAUAUGUACAGUGGAAUCGGCGCAGCCAUUAUUACGACAGCAGUCUUAUUGACAGUUUUCAAGAAAUGGAUUUCAUCUUUACCAGAAGAUGACAAAGUGAGAGGAAUAUUUACAUCUGCAUUUUUGUGUUAAUCACGUAUAUUUUCAAGAGUUUAUAUAUGUACCUACAAAAAUAGUUUUACAUUAUAAAUCAUCAUAAUUUAAUAAUAAUAAAUUAUUAUGCUUGGAAGACUAUGGAAUCGAAUUGUGACAUGGUAUUGAAUAAAGAGAAGCUAAAUACA